AUGAAUUAUUAAACUGCUUUAGAAUAGAUCAAAGGGUAUGAACCUCAUUUCGAGGAUUACAAUUAUGUUGAUCUUCUAAGUAUCAAAUCUAAACUAAGGAUUGCAAACAAUUACCUUUAUUAUGGAUAAUUAUUCAACAAUCUCAAACAUGGUAGAGGUAUUCUUUUAUCAUCCAAUGGACGCAGAUAUGAGGGUCACUGGAAUGAAGAUGAGAAAAAUGGAUAUGGAUGGGAAUUAUUGCCAAAUGGUUCACAGUAUGAGGGCUAUUAUUUUCAUGGAAAACCUCAUGGAAAAGGGAAAUUUAUAUGGGCAAAUGGAGAAUAUUAUGUAGGAGAAUGGAAUAUGGGAAUCAGAGAGGGAUAAGGGAUAUGGUGUGGCUUAAAUGGUGAGUAUUAUUCAGGACAAUGGAAGACUAAUUAGGCCACAGGUUUUGGGGAAUACAUUUAAAAUGGCAAUAAGUAUAUGGGCAAUUUUCUUUAAUGGAUGAAAAAUGGAGAAGGCUAAGAGUUCUUUAAUAAUGGAGAUAAAUAUCAAGGAAAUUAUUUGAAUGGCAUGCCUCAUGGAUAUGGUGAGUAUAUAUGGAGUAGUGGAGCGUUAUUCCAAGGAUAUUUUAAGGAAGGAUUGCGUUAUGGGAAAGGAAUUUGGAGAAGAUCCGAGGAAUCACCAACAGAUUCAUAUUAAGGACAUUAUGAAGAAGAUAAAAAAAAUGGAUUUGGAGUUUAUAAAUGGGCAAAUGGGAAUGUGUAUAAGGGAUAGUUUAUGAAUGAUUUUAAACAUGGAUAUGGUGAAAUGAUAUACUUUGAUGGUUAAGUUAUUAAAGGCAAUUGGGAACAAGGAAGACUGGUUAAUUAAAUAAGGACUCAAUCCGUUGAAAAAAUAAAAAAUGAUAAUAAUUAUCAAAUUAAAAUAGUUGAUGAAAUAAAUUAAGUGGCAAUAAAUACAAAUGAAAAUAGAAUCGUUCUAAAAAUCUCAGAAGUAGCUAAGUAGUCAAAUAUUUAAUACACUUCAAAUCGUAAGGAGAAAGUCAAUUUUCUUUAUCCUUCGAUAUAUGAGAAUAAGAAAUAAUCAAUAAAUAGUAAUCCUUCAACAUAAUAAACUAAUAGAACAAAAAAAUUAAUUAGUAUCAAAUAGUACACAAAGGAAAGAUAAUUAAGUCAGAGUUAAGAAUGUGCAAAAGCAUUUAAGCCAGCUCAAUAAAUAGAGUUGACAGAAAGAUCAAAGAUAUAAUCAAAAUUUUGUAUAAAAGCAACAGAGAAACAGAAUUUGCAAAUAAGAAAAACUAAAUUAUCCUAAUCUUUAAUUAAUUGA